UGCCCGGGAACCGCCGAGCGCUUCUGCCUCCUGGUUCUGUAACCGGACUACUUCUCCAACUCACCUCUUGGCAUUUUGGUCGCUGUGAAAGGUUGUUGUUAACAAAGUGUUCUGAUUUCAAGUCUGCGCAGAUCGGGCAGGGGCCGUCUUUCGUCCCCUUGCACGUUGGUUCGCCAACUCCUUCGACCACAGGUGACAAGUUUCAGGGCGUCAUGGCCAGGGGCCACCGCGGCCGGCAGGGUGUGAGGCCGCCUUUCGCAGCCCGCGCUCUCCCGUGGCCUCUGGGGCCGCCGGCAUCAGUCUUGGUCUGAGCGUAGUCCCUCCACACACGCAGACCACCUCACACCGGACCUCAUGGCUUGCGAGGCGCAGUCCCCGCCGCCGUCGCCUUCGUUGUCACUGUCGCCGCCCACCUCCCCUGAGCCUGAACUGGCCCAGCUGAGGCGGAAGGUGGAGAAGUUGGAACGAGAGCUGCGAAGCUGCAAGCGUCAGGUGCGGGAGAUCGAGAAGCUGCUGCAUCACACGGAACGGCUUUACCAGAGCGCAGAGAGCAACAACCAGGAGCUCCGCACGCAGGUGGAAGAACUCAGUAAAAUACUUCAUUGUGGGAGAAAUGAAGAUAACAAAAAGUUUGAUGUAGAAGUACAAACAGAGAACCACACUCCUUGGUCAAUUUCAGGUUAUUAUCAGGCAUACUAUAAUGAUGAUAGUCUUACAAAUAAAGUGAGUGAACACUCAGUUCAGCAUUGUCAGAAUACUGAAGCUCCUACUUCUAGUUCUGAAGACCAGUCACAAAUAGAAAGUGAUAAUUUCACUGGUACUGUUGUAACAGAAACUGUUAAAUGUGAACAUGGAGAUCAUUUCACCUCAAAUUCACAGGAGCUACCAUCUGCAUUAGCAACAGAAGGUACAUCCUUAGAAGGUUCAUCAUUAGCUGAAAGUUUGAGAGCUGCAGCAGAAGCUGCUGUAUCACAGACUGGAUUUAGUUAUGAUGAAAGUACUGGACUGUAUUUCGAUCACAGCACUGGUUUCUAUUAUGAUUCUGAAAAUCAACUAUAUUAUGAUCCCACCACUGGGAUUUAUUACUACUGUGAUGUGGAAAGUGGUCGAUAUCAAUUUCAUUCGCGAGUAGAUUUGCAACCUUAUCAGACUUUGAGCACAAAACAAAGUAAAGAUAAAAAGUUGAAGAAGAAAAGAAGGGAUCCAGAUUGUUCUGUAACAAAUGAGGAAAAGGAUUUGAAUUCAGAAGAUCAGAAAGCCUCCAGUGUUGAAUAUAUAAACUGCAGUGAAGGAGAAAUUUUUGCAAAUGUGAAAAAGAAGGCCAAAAUAGACAUUCAUCAUAAAAGUAGUUUCCCUAAACUCACUGUUCCAGUUAGUGGAAACACUGUAGCAUCUCCUAUUAAUGAGAACAUCUGUAAUUCAGCUUCACUUAAAGAUGAGAAAAUCACAGGGAGUGAUAGCGAGCCAGAGGAAGGUGAAAUUACAGACUCUCAGACGGAGGACAGUUAUGAUGAGGAUAAUACCAGUGAAGACAGUGUAACUGCAGAAGAAACAGAGGAGGAAGAUGAAGAAAAAAUUUGGCCCCCAUGUAUUAGAGUAAUUGUUAUUAGAUCUCCAGUGUUGCAGACAGGAUCACUUUUUAUCAUUACAGCUGUAAACCCUGCUACAAUUGGAAGAGAAAAAGAUAUGGAACAUACUCUCCGAAUCCCUGAAGUUGGUGUCAGUAAGUUUCAUGCAGAAAUUUAUUUUGACCAUGACUUACAAAGCUAUGUUCUUGUGGAUCAAGGCAGUCAGAAUGGCACAAUUGUUAAUGGAAAACAGAUUCUUCAGCCAAAAACUAAAUGUGAUCCUUAUGUACUUGCGCAUGGAGAUGAAGUGAAAAUUGGAGAGACUGUGUUGUCCUUUCACAUUCACCCUGGCAGUGAUACCUGUGAUGGCUGUGAACCAGGGCAGGUUAGAGCUCACCUUCGCCUUGAUAAGAAAGAUGAAUCUUUUGUUGGCCCAGCAUUAAGUAAGGAAGAAAAAGAGUUGGAAAGAAGAAAAGAAUUAAAGAAAAUAAGGGUAAAAUAUGGUUUGCAGAAUACAGACUAUGAAGAUGAAAAGACAUUGAAGAAUCCAAAAUAUAAAGAUAGAGCUGGAAAACGCAGGGAGCAGGUUGGAAGUGAAGGAACUUUCCAAAGAGAUGAUGCUCCUGCAUCUGUUCACUCUGAAAUUACUGAUAGCAAUAAAGGUCGGAAGAUGUUGGAGAAGAUGGGUUGGAAAAAAGGAGAGGGCCUGGGAAAGGAUGGUGGAGGAAUGAAAACUCCGAUCCAGCUUCAGCUUCGGCGAACACAUGCAGGCUUGGGGACAGGCAAACCAUCCUCAAUUGAAGAGGUUCAUCUUCUCCAAAACAAGAGUAAAAAAAACUGGGAUAAAGCACGAGAGAGGUUUGCUGAAAACUUCCCAGAAACUAAACCUCCAAAAGAUGUACCAGGGACCUUGCCUUGGGUAAAAGGGACUGUAGAGUGAAGGUGUGAAUUUAUGAAAAGCAGUUUAUUCAUUCAAAUCAGAAGCCUUCCAGCUCAUGUAUUUAUUAAUUUGGGAUAUUCAAAGAGCAGGCACAGGAAAAUAAAAAUCUCAAACAAGGGAAAGAGGUUUCAGAGCUUGUAUACCAAGGUUAUUGUACAAAGUUGCAAGACAGUUGAAACACAUUGGGGCACAAUCCCUGAAGAUGCUCUCAGGAACAGUUGAAAUUAUUUUCCCUAAAGUUAUGUUUUAAGUAUGUACAAAUAUAGGGCAUCACUGAUAUCUCUGCUCUGAUUCUUUGAUUUAAAACAUUCUGGUUUUUAAAAUUGAAAGUAGAAAUAUAUUUGGAUUCUGUAAGGCAGUG